AUGUGCGACGGGGAGAAGAUGGCGGCGGCCAUGGUGCAAAUGGCCUGUUUGUACCGUGGGAUGUUAGCAGUGAGAGCCGCGGGGAUCCGACCGCUCAUUCCUGGGCUUGUGCCGAAUCAACUCAGAACUUUUUCUAUGAACAAGGAACCGGAAUUAGAGGAAAACCCGUAUUAUAGUAAAUAUGAAGAGAAGAUCAGAACACUACGGAGCACCAAACCUCGGGAAUACAAAGCCCGACUUGAGAAGUGCAGUGAGAUAAAGAAGGAACCUGUUGGACAUUCAAAACAAGCUGACUUCAUUAAACUAAUGGAGCAGGAGAAAGAUAAGAGAGAUAAAGCUGGACCUGGAGGUUUUACCAAAAACAAGACCUUAGAUUCAAUACUCAACCUUGACAUGGUGAAGGACAAACCGGGUCCAGAAAUUGGAGAGCUCUGGAUGAACUACUUCUCAGCAAAAGACACAAUCAGUGCUGUUAUACCGGGUUCAACAUUUGAGAUGAUGAUCAACCGUGCCAAGUUAUGCCCAACGUUUCUAUACGCUCUGCCCCGAAAAGAAGGAUAUGAAUUCUUUCUGGGUCAGUGGGCAGGUCAGGAGCUACACUUCACCUCUCUUAUCAACGUUCAGACUUUGGGAGAAAACGCUUCUAGCCAGCUAAUUCUGUACCACUACUCAGACCUGAAGCAGGACAAGGACAUUGUGCUCAUGACUGCUGAAAUGGAUAGCAAGUUUAUUACUGUUCUUGAAGCUCAGUGUUUGGCCAAUCAGGUGCAGUUAUUUUAUGCAGCACAGAGACAUGAAACUUUUCAACUAGUAGAGACGUUCAACCAUAGACCGGCGGAGUUCAAACACAUGUCUGUGAUUGCAGAACUUGAGCAGAGCGGGAUAGGGCAAGCAGUCACUGCAAAGUAACACCUAGUCCUGUGGGGAAGAGGUUGGAGGAGCCAUGUGUAAAGGAGAGGAAGGACACUCUCCUGGCAGAGAAACUGUCUAGUCUUUAUCCCUACAUUGUACUGACUGUAUUAGCCCUAGCUGCGAUCAUCUUACAAUCUCAACCCAAAGGUUCAAGAUGUUUCUCUGUGUCUCUGGCUUUAAUCUUUGAUGACUCGUUGUAUUUCAAGGAAUGAAGAAUUCACCACUUUAGACCACUAAAAGUGACUUUUCUUCAACCAUGAUAAAAGGGUAAAGUAGAGAAACAAGUCUGAAGCUUGACUAUCCAACAUUGAGCUUGGGAAAUUGUAUUUAUGAUACUGUGCAUGAGGGCAGUUGACUCUAACUGGAGAACAUAAAUAGUUUGGAAUAUGAGAAGACAGUUAUACAUAUUGUUGGCUUUGAAUGUUGUCUGAUGCAUUUGUGCAAAUAAUGAAUGGAACUUUUUUAGCAUUAGAGUUGGAACAGUUACACUGACAGUACCAGUCAAAGGUUUGGACACAGUUACUCAUUACUAUCAAUGAGUGUGUCCAAAUCUUUGACUGGUACUGUAUAUGAACUUCAUGGCCACAUUAAUUUAAGUCAUGUAAUUUAAAAAAAAAAUUAAGUGUAAAUGUGAAAAUCAUUUGUUUCACUGUUUGAUAUCUUAUUGGUAAUAAUAUACAGUGUAAGAGUGAAUCUGUUGGUUCAACCUUUUUAACACUCCAGAGUGUCAAACAGUGCCUUAAAAGGCAACAAUGAUGUAUAGAUAAAUUUACAUCUCAUGGAAAUUUAAAUUCAUGGCAAAGCCUGGCAUAAUGGUUAUAAUGAUGUAAUAUAGUUUCACACCUCAUCUCAUUAUCUCUAGCCGCUUUAUCCUUUUACAGGGUCGCAGGCAAGCUGGAGCCUAUCCCAGCUGACUAUGGGCGAAAGGUGGGGUACACCCUGGACAAGUCGCCAGGUCAUCACAGGGCUGACACAUAGACACAGACAACCAUUCACACCUACGGUCAAUUUAGAGUCACCAGUUAACCUAACCUGCAUGUCUUUGGACUGUGGGGGAAACCGGAGCACCCGGAGGAAACCCACGCGGAGAACAUGCAAACUCCACACAGAAAGGCCCUCGCCGGCCACGGGGCUUGAACCCGGACCCUCUUGCUGUGAGGCGGCAGCUCUAACCACUACACCGUGCCGCCCUAGUUUCACACCUAUUAUUGAAAAAUGGUUUCAAUCAAGACAAAUGUUAACUGCUGUGUAUAUACAUUUGAUCAAAUUUAGCUAAAUGUGUUCAUUCUUUGAAGGCUUUGUUGUAUCAUGUAUCUUGGCAAAACUGAAACUGUGAAUCUGUUGUAUCCAAUUGUCAUUCGAUAAAUUAAAUCCUUCUCCCUUAAACCCAGAUUGAGAACUUAUUUAAAUGGUUCAGUAAUAGUGACUGUUACAUGUGAGACAAUUUGAAUGUUAUUCUGUCCACAAGGUUGGAACCCAUGAAAGCAGCACUAACUUCACCCCCAAGCCCAAGUUAAACCCCUGUAUUUGCAACACAUUUCAAUUCCAGGUUUAAAAAAAAAAAAAGGCCUGAGUAAUUACCUGACAGGUUAAAUCAGGUGGGAUUUGGGAACUAUAUGCUUUGCUGUGUUCUAGUAUGGACUGUGAUCUUCAGCAUUCUUUCUCCAUUCUGCAUGAAGUCAGUGUCAGUGCUGUUCAGUAAGAAGAGAAUUAAUUAGCUGUUAUUAAAGUUUGCCACUUAUAAAUAAGGUCAUUUAUAAGGUGUCAGCUGUUAU